UGAGGUCUAUAUCAUCUCCACAGUAGCAUUGCACUGGCUGCCAGUUGCCUGUGAAAUCUGAGACCAGAGAGGGCUGUCCUGCCUUAUCCCAGCCUCUUGCACUGUGCAGUGUGGUGACACAUUCACACACAAUCUGUCCUCGCAACUUCAGGGACAGUGCCCUGCCACACUACAUCGAAGCCUAGGUGACUGGCACUAAUCCUAGGCUGUAGUGGGCUCACAAGGAUCUCUCUGCAUGGCCAGACUGCCUUUACCAGAGCACAACUUCAUCUCACUGACAAGCCCUAUCUAUCUGAUUGCACCCUUGCCUUGUGGAUUGCUAUAACUAGACUGGAUUUACUCAUCAUAGAGAUCAUUUGCCGCUCUUGGAUCUGAUCUGUUGUUGGAAAGGAAAAGUCUAUCAGUCUGAUUAUGGAUGACUACAAUGUCUCAGCGGAGAGCCCCCAAACUGGUCAAGGACGUCAGAAUGCAAUUAAGUGUGGAUGGCUGCGAAAGCAAGGAGGUUUUGUCAAAACCUGGCACACGCGUUGGUUUGUUCUCAAGGGAGACCAGCUCUAUUAUUUCAAAGAUGAAGAUGAAAUGAAACCUUUGGGCACUAUAUUUCUUCCUGGAAACAGAGUGGUCGAGCAUCCAUGUAAUGAGGAAAGCCCAGGGAAAUUCUUAUUUGAAGUGGUUCCAGAAAAUGGAAUGUCUAAAACUCAAAGAGGAGACCGGGAGCGAAUGACUGCCAACCAUGAGACAUACCUUCUUAUGGCCAGCACGCAGAAUGAUAUGGAAGACUGGGUGAAGUCUAUCCGCAGAGUCAUAUGGGCACCAUUUGGAGGAGGCAUCUUUGGUCAGAAGCUUGAAGACACGGUGCGGUAUGAGAAGCGAUAUGGCACACGCCUGGCCCCCAUGUUGGUGGAGCAGUGUGUGGACUUCAUCCGGCAGCGAGGGCUGACAGAGGAAGGAUUAUUUCGACUACCUGGACAAGCUAACCUGGUGAAAGAAUUACAAGAUUCCUUUGAUUGUGGGGAAAAACCAUCAUUUGACAGUAAUACAGAUGUCCACACGGUAGCCUCCCUUUUGAAGCUGUACCUGCGUGAGCUGCCAGAGCCUGUCAUCCCAUAUUCAAAGUAUGAAGAUUUCCUCUCAUGUGCAAAACAGCUGAGCAAGGAGGAAGAAUCAGGAGUGGCCGAACUAGUGAAACAAGUGAAAAGCAUUCCAACAGUAAAUUACAAUCUAUUGAAGUACAUUUGUAGGUUUCUGGAUGAAGUUCAGUCAUAUUCUGGGGUAAAUAAAAUGAGUGUACAGAACCUAGCUACAGUAUUUGGUCCCAACAUUUUGCGUCCGAAGGUGGAGGAUCCUAUGACUAUAAUGGAAGGUACAGUUGUGGUUCAGCAGUUAAUGGCAGUGAUGAUAAGUGAACAUGAAAUACUUUUCCCCAAAGAUGGAGACACCCAAACUCAAAUUGGACAAGAGAAGAGCAACAAUAAUAAUGAAUCACAAAAGAAAAUGAUUUUAGGGCAAAUACAAAACAAAGAGAACAAUAACACAAAGGAUAUAGCAGUGAGACGUUGUUCAUGGGAGAAAGCUGAUUCUCCCCAAAGGUCCAGUGUUGACAAUGGUUCUCCCACUGGACUGUCAGGAAGCAAAUCUAAUAGCCCAAGGAACAGCAUUCACAAACUUGAUGUUACCCGAAGUCCACCACUAAUGGUGAAAAAAAAUCCAGCAUUUAAUAAAGGUAGUGGAAUUGUCACAAAUGGGUCCUUCAGCAGCUCAGUGGAAGUGCAUGACAAGCAUCACUCAUUACCUAAUGCUACCUUACAGGCUAGAAGAACCUCUUCUCUAAAGAGUUCGGGAACAAAAAUGGGUACCCACAGUGUACAAAAUGGAGCAGUCAAAAUGGGAGUGUCCAGUACAGACACAAUGAGCAAUGCUUUGAACAGUCGGACCACAAGUUGGCUUCCCAAUGGGUAUGUCACAUUAAGAGAUAACAAACAGAAGGACUGCACUGCUGAAUCAAUGCAACAGCACAGGUUGUCUACGUAUGAUAAUGUCCAGCAACAGUUCUCUAUAGUGAACUCUGAUGACAAGCAAAGCAUAGACAGUGCAACAUGGUCUACAUCAUCGUGUGAAAUAUCCCUUCCUGAAAACUCCAAUUCCUGCCGCUCUUCUACAACUACUUGUCCAGAGCAAGACUUUUACUGUGGAAAUUUUGAAGACCCAGUUUUAGAUGGCCCUGUUAAUGAGGAUAUUAACAAUCCAGCGGACUUUGAGACCAAAUUCGACAGGAGAAGUGCCGGAGGCCGCAGUAGCAGGGCUACCAGCAGUAGUGACAACAGUGAGACCUUCGUAGUCAGUAAUUCAAGUAAUCACAGUGCACUGCACAGCCUUGUGUCAAGUUUGAAGCAGGAAAUGUCAAAACAAAAAACGGAGUAUGAAACACGAAUAAAAAGCCUGGAACAAAGAAAUCUAACUCUGGAGACAGAAGUUCUUUCCUUGCAUGAAGAAUUAGAACAAGAGAAGAAAAAAUACACAAUGGUAGAAAUUAAAAUGAGGAAUGCAGAACGUGCAAAAGAGGAUGCAGAGAAAAGAAAUGAUAUGUUGCAAAAGGAGAUGGAGCAAUUUUUCUCAACCUUUGGAGACCUGACAGUUGAACCUCGUAGACCAGAAAGAGGGAACACAAUAUGGAUUCAAUGAAGUGGCCCACAGUAUGUUGGACAGUAAGACGUAGCUGUAGAUUUCUAUGGAAAGGGUAGGUAGGUGGCUGGUCACCUGAUAUUCCUAUUACUUGGUACUCUCUGAAAGGAAAGAGACUACAACUAACCAACAUCUUAAGCAGUAUCCGCCUAACAGAGUCUAUUCUAUUACAUGCUCCAUAAUGCUACUGUUAAGUGUUACAACUGGAUGUGUGUACAUAGAUAAAAACAAAGUGUUAUGUUAUAAAAGCUGAAUUAUAAUAAUGCAAGUAUUGUAUUUAAAAUGGCAAAUUGAUAUGUUGUUGCAGUCAAGCUUUAUAUGAAGUCUAUAUACCCUCGCACUUAAACAUAAUACAAUAUUUUUGCGCAUUGUGCUACCAUCAGCUUAUUUUGUAUAUUAAUUGUUAAUUCCUGUGUUGACAGGGAAUGAACAAAGAAAAAUCACAUAGGAUGAUACUUUGAUAUGAUGUUUGUGCCAACCAACUUGCCUAUGACCAAAAGAGAGUGUACAGAAUUUUAUAAAGCAUUACAAAAAGAU